GCAAAGAGAAAGAACUCAAGAAGCCAUGGAGAGUCCUGCGACUGUUGAUCACUACAAGGCCGGCAUGGUGCUGAGCGGCGUGGGUGAUGCUCUCGGCUUCCGGUGGGAGUUUAUAUAUUCUGCACCACAUAUCCAACAGGAAGUUCAGAAUCUUGGAGGAGUGAAGAAAAUCUCUGUUAGCCUUCCUAAUUGGCCAGUCAGUGAUGACACAGUGCUUCACUUGGCAACCGCUGAAGCUUUAACCACAGGUAAGGAAGGUGAGGAACUGCUGCAUGAGGUGGCUGUCCAUUACAUAAAGGGUAUGAAGGACAUGUCUAGGAGGGCUCCAGGAAUGACGACCAUCCGUGGUGUGGAUCAAUUAAAGCCAGGAGCUCAAGGAGGCUACAGAAUUGCUUAUGACCGAUCAAGUGGAGGAUGUGGUGCUGCCAUGAGGGCUAUGUGCAUUGGUCUGAGAUACCCUCGACCAGAGCAGCUCUCCUCAUUGGUCGCAGUUGCUGUGGAGACUGGGAGAAUGACACACACUCAUCCAACCGGAUUCCUUGGGGGUGUGGCUUCUGCACUGUUUGCAGCCUAUGCCAUCCAGCGCCGUCCAAUUAUAACCUGGGGGCUGGGCUUAGUGAAGGAGGCUUGUCCAAUAGCGAAGGAGUUUGUGAGGUCAGCAGGAUACGCCGUUCCCGAGACGGAGAGAGACUGGGGGUACUUUACUGAGAAAUGGGAAAAGUAUCUUGAGUUGAGGGGUUUGUCAUCAGGAACUGGUCCAGUAGUCUUUCCUAAGCAAUACGGACCUUCUGAACGCGACGAGGCAUACAAAAGCUUCAGUUGGUCUGGAUGGGGAGGUAGCAGUGGUCACGAUGCACCGAUGAUAGCUCUGGAUGCCCUCCUGGGCUCGGGGUCAAACUGGGAGGAGCUAAUGAGCCGAGCUGGAUUCCACGGAGGAGACAGCGACAGCACGGCGGUCAUAGCGUGUUGUUGUUGGGGUUUGAUGUACGAGAUGGAGGGAGUGCCCAAGUGUAACUACACCAACCUGGAGUACAGGGACCGGCUGGAGAACAGUGCUGAGAAACUUUACACACUGUCACACUGAAUUCAGCACGUCAUUAUCUCAUGUGGAUAAAUUACAAAAACACGCCUACUCCUACUCCAAAAGCCUGUUACAGCCGUGAAUCAAGGAUGACUUUCUAAAUCGGGGUAAAUAUAGAUUAUCCUGAAUAGAUUGGACUAUAUCAUUUACAUUAGGGGCUCGUGAAAUAUAAUGAGGAAUUAUACAGGUAAAUGCAGCAAGACCUUGUUUAAAAAUUGUAUUCAAAUCAAAUGUACCUUAAAAUCUGAUUUAAGCACACAACUGGACCUUACAUUCCACUCUUGUACCUUAAAUUAGCUUUUAGGGUAAUACUCUAAGGGUCCUCUACAUACCUCUUUCCAGGUAAAACAUACUUACUCUACACAUCUCAUAAACCCAUAUGUUAUUCACAAAAGAACAUAGAAAACAUCAAAUGUAUAAACUUGAGUAAAUGUACCAUUUUAAGAAAAA